CCGUGACCAUGGGGGAGAAGGUGUGCGACCACCACAAAAGCAAGAAGCACAAAAUCUUCCGGCGCCUCUUCUGGGGCAUCGUGAUCUUCCUAUUCAUCGUGCUCGUAACGAUUCUGAUCAUCUGGGCAGUCCUGAAGCCCACCAAACCAACCUUCGUUCUCCAAGACGUCACCAUUUACGCCUUCAACGCCACCGUCCCCAACUUACUCACGUCCAACUUUCAGGUAACCGUCAACUCCCGCAACCCCAACUGCAACAUCGGAAUCUACUACGACAGUCUUGACACCUACGUCACCUACCGGAGCCAGCAAAUCACCUACCGCACCGCCAUCCCUCCGUCGUACCAGGGCCACAAGGAAGAGGAUGUGUGGUCCCCUUUUGUCUACGGCACCAACGUUCCCGUUGCUCCUUUCAACUUCGUUGGGCUCAGCCAGGACCAGUCCAACGGCAACGUCCUCGUCAUCAUCAAGAUCGACGGCAAGGUCCGGUGGAAGGUCGGUGCCUUCAUCUCCGGCCAUUACAACAUCAAUAUCCGGUGCCCGGCGUUCAUCCCGUUCGGCACCCAGCAGAGCAACGGGAUUGCCGUCGGCAAUAACGCCGUUAAGUAUCAAAUGGUUCAGCAGUGCACCGUCGGCGUUUGAUUUAACUUCAGUCAACGCCGUUGAGUAACAACUUAGCUUUGUUGAAGAUAUAUAAUUGUGUAGCCCUGCUUGCUCUGCUCUUCUCUGCUUCUCGGUAUUACUACAUUUAGUGUUUACAUAAUUAGCUCUUUCUCAUUUCAUUUUUUGUAUACGCGCGUAUUCUUCAUUUCUUCUACGUGUAUCUCCACC